AUGGCUGACACGUCGCAGUCGAGGGCCGUCGACCCAAGGGUUAUUCGGGACAGACUUUCUCAGUGGGAGGCCCAAAGUGAUCCUAAGGCCCCAUUGUCAUCAAAACAGAGAGAUUUGAUCCACGAUUUGAGUACAGUUGUUUCGGAAAGGCAAUUACCGAAAGACCUACCAGAGGAUGACUCCCCAUCGCUGGCCUCGGUGCGUCUAAAUCCUUUAGAAAAAUCUGGGGAGGAAACAUCGUUGUCCACUUUCAUCACUGAAACCAAGCUGCCAGAAGGCAACAAAAUUGAAAAUGCUCAACAGUUCUUUUCCUGGUUUGCCGAGCUGGAGGAGUCUCUAGACCAGGACGAUGGCGGUUUGUACAGCCAGUACACAGAAGAGCUCGGAGCGUACAGAGAGCAAUGCAACAAUGUGCUGUCUGAGGUGCGGAGCGCGCUGGAGUAUCUGCAACAGCUGCAAGUCCAGUACGUUCACGUGUCCACCAAGACGAACGCUUUGCACGAGGAGUGUGAGCAUCUGCUGGCCGAACAGACUCACCUCAUGGAUCUGGCUGAGAGUAUAAGCAACAAGCUGUCGUACUUCAACGAGCUUGACAGCAUCUCAACGAAACUGAGCCGGCAGAUGCUGUCUGUCACUGGUGAAACUUUCAUCCCACUCCUGUCGCGGAUGGAUGAAUGCAUUUUAUAUUUGAAAAGCAACCCGCGGUACAAAGAGUGCGACAUUUACCUGGCGCGGUUCCGCCAAUGUCUGAGCAAAGCCCUGAAUCUCAUCAAAACCCAUAUCAACAACAUCCUGCUCAACGCCACGCAGCAAGUCCAGCCCAAGAAGGAUGCUCCCAACAUGGCCGACAACGCCUUCACUCUGUUCUACGGAAAAUUCCGUGCCAACGCUCCCAAGGUCAAGGCCAUGACGGAACAGCUGGAGAUCAGGAUGGACAAAGACAACGAAUACAGCCAGGCGCUGGGUGACUGCCACAGCUUCUACUUCAGCCAGCGUGAGGUCCUACUGGGUCCCAGCAUCUCCACCACCAUCACAGACAUGGCCUCCAAGCACGUCCGCGACCACUGUGCCUUGAUGCGGAGCGGCUGUGCCUUCAUGGUGCACGUGUGUGAGGACGAGUACCAGCUCUUCUUCAACUUUUUCUCCAAAGCCACGCCGCUUUUAGACGAGAUGCUGGAGCGCGUGUGUAACAACCUCUACGACGUGCUGCGCCCACUCAUCAUCCACAUCAACCACCUCGAGACCCUCUCCGAGCUCUGCAGCAUUCUAAAAAUAGAAAUGAUGGAGGAGCAUGUCCGACAGAACCCCCAAGAACUAGCAGCGUUUGAGUCAGUGUGCCAGCAGAUGUUGAUGGACGUACAAGAGCGACUGGUCUAUCGCACCUACAUCUACAUCAAGUCAGACAUACUACAGUACAACGCUGCCGCUGGCGACCUCGCAUACCCAGAGAAGCUGGAGAUGAUGGAGAGUAUCGCUGAAGGUCUAAAAAAAGGCAAGCCUGCCCGCAGUGGUCACUCUCGGAGCGGUCACUCCCGCACCCCGUCCAACGCUUCCAGCACAUCGCACGAGGUAGCCAUGUUGACCGGUGGGGAGGAGUCAGCCCCUGCCCCCACGCCGACUGGCCCAUCCACCAACGGUUCGGCGACCAAUGACGGAGCUGUUCCCACCACUCCGUCCACCAAUGGUGGGGAAGACGAGCUGACAGAGGUUUCUUUAGACCGCAAAAACCACAUUCCAAGGUCUGUCUCAAGAGACGCUACAGGCCUGCAUCGUGUCUCUCAAGAACGCCAAGGAGGGAAUUGUCAAGAGAAAGCAAAGCGUCCUGGACGGAGAACUGUUCCUCAUCAAACACCUGCUCAUCCUGCGAGAACAGAUCGCCCCGUUCCAGGCAGACUUUUCCAUACGCGAGACGCACCUAGACUUCAGCAAGUUCCGAGACGCGGCCUACUCCCUGUUCAACAAGAAAUCCCAGCUCUUCUCCCUCAGCAGCAACAACGCCCUUCUGCAGUUCAUUCUGGAGGCCAACAUCGUGGUGAGCAUGAAGGAAGACGUGGGCAGCAAGGUCACGCUACGACAGCAGCCGUUUGCCUCUCCAGAGAAGCUCCAUGACGUGACGGCCGAGACCUACCGCAACAUCAAGGCCAAACUGGCGCUGGUGCAGCGCAGCAUGGCCCUCUACCUUGCCAACCGCGACACGGAGGCCAUUCUGUUCCGGCCCAUCAAGGUGAACGUUCUCCAGAGCUUCCAGAAGCUGCAGGAACUGAUGACUCAGCACUACACGGAGGAGGACAUUUUGAUAGUGGCUUGUCCCAGUUCUGAGCAGGUGAAUCUUUUGCUGUCGACGAACAUGAAGAAAUGAUGGGCUGUUCCUGUCACUGACGAUGGACUUUGGUGAAAAAACUUGCAGGCCCGCACACCAGUCAGCUCCAUGCGCAAGCAUGCAUCACCACACUAUCACCACGCCCCCACCCGCUCUGGAACAACUCCCCCACUCCUGGAGAGACUUGGUUGCUCUUAAGGACAAGCGGGCUAACCAAGACUUCGGGGGUUUCCAGACUUAUAGGAGAAGUUUGGUUUCAUUGG